AUGGAAACACCCUUCAUCUGUCUACUUAAGGAAUCAGUGUUGCAGACUCAAGACAGACAAACACAGCUCUGAGCGGGAAGGUGCAGUACUCCAAAGAGACAGCCGCCGGGAAUAAUCUGCGCUAAACAAUCAAACCAUAAAACUGGAGAGGAGAAAAAUGUUUAAACUAAAGGAUAAACUUAAGCGGAGCAGCAGAAGGCUUUUAACAGACAAUAACUACAAUUUUCUACAAGAAGACUUCAACCAGUCAUGUGAUGGGCAUACCAAUCUGUUGUCUCAGAACACCUUCAACACCACCGUGGACCAACUCUCCCAAAGUUUUGCUAAGAUCUCUCCUCAGGAGCUAGCUGAAGUUCUACGAGUGGGUGAAAACACCUGUGUGGAUGGAAAUUGUAACUCAGUGCAACCUGAGCCAAAUUCAAGACGUCAAAAAUUGAUCAUACAAAGUUCGGUGUCCCAACACUUCCCAAAGCCACCAGAAGAUCUGAGGAACAAUCUUCUGCAGCACCUGGAAAAUGUGAAGGAAACUGUGAGCAAUGAGAUUGUGAGGGUGCGCCCCCUGUUGGAAUGUAUGGAGUUGACGGGAUGUCUAAUUGAUUGCUACCAUCGUCAGACAUUUUCUCACCUCCAUUAUCUACUCCAAAAUAUCAGCUCCAUCCAGAGUUCCUUUGUGCUGCUGAACUGGGGUUUACAGCAAUAUAUGAGUCGGGAUCACCUCGACCUUCCAGGACUGGAACCACCAAAAGUCGACCAUCUUCUGUUCUCAGAUUGGUUUGUCCAAGCAACAGACACGGUGCUUGCAGUAGUGCAGGCAGAUGUCAAAGGGUCCCUGGAGAAAAUCCUGCAAAAUGAGAGAAACCAAUCAGGCAGCGAUACAGAUGAAGCUUUUGUUGGACUUUAUAUGGACACGAUUCAGUAUAUUGAUGCUAUCCCUAAAGAAGCACAAAAAAUCAGUCAACAGCUGUCUGAUCGGGUGGAGGAGGUUUGUUUCAAAGAGCUGCUGAGCUUCCUGGAGAGGUACACUACUGAGCAGAAUGAGACACUUAGCAAAGAAGCAAAAAGGGACAAGCCAAAAUCGUGGCACUUCUUGAAGACUUUAAACUCCUGCAAACAUCUCAAGGAGUAUGUCCAGAAGAAAGAUACAACCAUCAAUGCAUCAAUUCAUCACAAAACUGUUGCAACACUUGAAAAGAUGGAGGACUUCACUUUCAAACUUUUGCUGCAAGUUGUGUCUGUCCUCACUGAGAGACAUCUUAAGAAUUACUUCAAAUCUGACAACAAGCACUUCUUCCUGAACCGUGCACUAAAGGAAUUUUUUCCCAAGACACAGUGCUCUGAGGACAUACUGACGAAAGUGAUGGAUGACGCCUAUGAGGUCAUCACUCAAAUUUACCUCAAACAUCUUCUCCAAAGAAGCCAGAGAAAGCUGCAGAGGUCCUGGAGUCCUAAAGUCGCACAAACUGUCACUGAAGAUGCUGAGCUACUUCACAACACCAUCACAGAGCUGGCCCCUGGUGUCCAGGAGUGGAACCUCAUGCUGCUUAAAGUUGGAGAACUGUUGGAAUGCUCCGACAUCGAGGUGGUGAAGGUCGUCGCAGCCGAGAUAUGUACAACAUGGAGCGAGGGCCCUGAUCUUCUGCCCAAACUGCUACGAUGGAAGGAUCUUCCUGAAUGGAAGGUUGAGGAGGUGCUGGACGCCAUUCCAGGGCGACAACCCAGAUCUGUGUCCUGCUUCUCUGCUCUGAAAUGCUGCUGAAGGCUGACGACGAUCAACUGCAACAAGCUAAGAGGGCUGAGCUGAAAGUCCACUCCGUUAAAGAUCUCACCUAUGGUUUACCUUUUUCAAACUUUGUCUAAAGUUACACAUGUAUGUACUGUAUAUAUAAACAAGCAGAGAAGUUACUUGACCUUUGAUAAGCUUUGACACAAAAGUAGGUCUUUCUGAGUAAGUUACACUAAUCAUAUCUGAUUUCCGUACAUAUUGUUGUCAUCUCAGGAUUUCUUUUUAAGUCUUGUUUUUAAGAGUUAUUCUUUUUUUUUAUUCCAAUCAUGUAGGAAGACUUAAAAACUGUAUUUUUGCAAAAAUAUUUUAUCCUCGAUUUGCAAAGUAACAAAAGUCCUAUGACACUAAGCUAAGAGAUACAUUGGUACGUGGUGAGUUCCUUAUUCUAUUUUUCACACGUUAGCUUUAGAAAAAGUACAAUCUCCACAAAAGCUAAAUAGGAAAAUUAUUUUGGUUAUUUGAGUCGUUUACAUGUUUUUCUAUUUUUAAUUUAGCUGGAUUAUGGUUGAAGAAAAUGGCACAAUGAUUGAGCAACGGUGACAGAAAUAUGAAGCUGUCUGCACUCUGUUCUUUAUUUUUUUGCUGAACUACGCUGUUUAAGGGAUUAUUUUGUUAAGAUGUGGUUAUCAAAAGGCGUUACAUUGAAGGGAAACGUUGUUGCUUACUCUUGUUUCAAAUCCCUUAAAAGCUUGUCUUUGUCUUAAGCCCGGUUUCCACCAAGCGGCCUGGAUGUGUAAGCCGGAUGGCGACAGCUUUUUAGCCCAAAAAAAAACAAAAAACAGCCUUGAAAUUACUCUCUGGAGAUCCACAGGUUAUUUAAAUAUGGCACAUUUUGUGUUUGUCCUUUAUUACCGCUGUUGCACAGGAAGUGUUGAAUCUUUUGACCAAUCAACAGACUGCAGUGUGUCUAGCUUCACCCUUAAGUUUCUGAUCGGUACGCCUGGCACCCCAACAGAGGGGGGAGCAAAAAAGUAGGACGGCACGGAUUGUUUAUAUUGGUACUAUUCCCAACUUUAGCCAGUGGAAACAGCAAUAGAUGCAUGCCGUACCGAACUGAACCGGACUGCUUGGUGGAAACGAGGAUUUUGUGUACAUUUAGUUUACAUACUUAUUUGUUUACAAAGAGGCACGGUCUCUCAAUUUCUAUGUUAAUAUUUGAAUAUUAUUUAUCUCUUUAUUUAUUUAACUUAUGAAUUUCUCGAAUUUUUAGAAAAGCGUUCCAAACGUUGUCAAAGUUUACAGUUAACACAUCGUGUGGUCGUACUGUUUAGGUUAUUUAUCAUACACUUCUGAACUACAGAUUCUGUAUGAACCAUUUUGAUACGUCAGCAGAUGUGUUGUGAAUUUUAUGUGAAAUGUUUUUGUGUUUCCUUUUAAAUGGACUUGAGCUUGUUCUGGUACUUCUGACUACUCAAAGCGUUUUUACUCCGGAGGUCACACCUACACAUUCACACACUGAUGGUAGAGGCUGCUAUGUCAUGUGACCAUCCGUAUUUGCAAAUUCAUGCACAGUCAUACGCUGCCCCCGAAGCAGCUGGAGCAAUUUGGGGUUAAGUGUCUUGCCAAAGGACACAUCAGACAUGUGGCUGCACUAGCUGGAGAUCGGACCUCCGACCUUCUGGUUGAGAGGCAACCGACUCUACCACUGAUCCACAGCCACCCCAAAAUACAAAAAAAAGGCUACCUUGAUUAGUAUUUUGAACGUUUGUUUAUUGGUUUUAAUUCCCUCUUAUAAGGUUGUAUUUUCAGCCGUUUCUGUCAAAAAAAAAGGUAUUUUGUACUGCUGAUUUAUUUUGUUUGAAAGAUAAUGGAUCAGGUAUCAGGGAUAAAAGAUGCACUACUUCUUCUGUAAUAAAAUGUAAUAAAAAAAAAAAAAAUCUGAUUCAACAAAAAAAAGCUGUUUUUGUUUUCAUUGCAUUGCCACUGGAUGGCGACAUCGUCUUGCCAAAAUGGGGAAAAAAAGGCUGAGAUAUAUUUCAGGUCCUAAAAUAAAGGUUUGUGACCUCAUAAUGGG